AUGCCUCCUAAACAACAAAUAGCCAAGGAGAACCAAGAGUUGAAAGAGACCUUGGAGAUAGAAAGGAGAGAAAGGAGAGAACAAGAAGCAGCAAGAGAUAGAGAGAUGAGACAAAUGAGAAGGGAGAAUGCAGCAUUGCAAGCAAGGUUGGAAGCCUUGGAGAGAGGAUCUAGAAGAGGACCACAAAAUGAGGAAAAAGAUGUUGAAGCAAAUGAUGGAGCAAAUGAGAAUCAAAAUGAAGGAAAUGGAGAAGGGGAACUAGACCCUGAAGAGAGAAGGAUGACCCCCGUGACCCGUGACCGCAGGUUUGCAGGUCUGCGCAGAACAUACCUAUCUGCAGAAUCGGACGACACCAUACCUGUCACGGCUGUCCUCGCUCCACGCUCGACAUCCUCUGCUCUGCACCCGGCCGCUGGUCUUCUACCGCCCGCCGCGCUCGGCUCCUCGCGCCGCCUCCCAACACCAGCAGCUCCCGGCAUCUCCAGCUUCACCGCCCGAGCUCACGUCCCACCUCGUCCACGCUUGAUGCCGCCGCACUGGAUCUCUCCGCCGACGCCUCCCCCACACCACUGCUGCUUGGCUCCGCCACCACAAGCGGCUCCUCCCACAGGCAUCCCCUCAGGCGUCCUCCGCCACGUGGCAGGCGACCACUGGCCCACGGGUACCUUCUGUACGCCGAGUCAGAUUCCGUACGGACGCCACAUCAGCAGCCACAUCAGCAUGCACAGUUAG